CUCUGAAGCCGAGAGCAGGCAUAAAACCUGGGCUGACUCCUCAGGUUUGAAGACUUGUUGACACCACUGAGUCUGACGCUUGGACCUUCGAGAGAAGAGACUUUCUGACGGCCCUGCUCCACUCCACCUGACCCUAUGACCGGAGGCUUCACCGUAGCUCCAUCCUUCGGUCUCCAGUUCCUCAAGAUGGGUUCGUUCAGAAGGCCCCGACCUCGCUUCAUGAGCUCCCCGGUCCUCAGUGACCUCCCGCGGUUCCAGGCAGCCCGGCAGGCUCUGCAGCUCAGCUCCAACUCUGCCUGGAACAGUGUUCAAACAGCAGUGAUAAACGUGUUCAAAGGGGGAGGCUUGCAGAACAAUGAACUUUACACCCUCAAUGAAAAUAUCAGACGGCUGCUGAAGAGUGAACUUGGAUCCUUCAUCACAGAUUACUUCCAGAACCAGCUCCUUGCGAAAGGCUUGCUGUUUAUAGAGGAGAAGGUUAAGCUGUGUGAAGGUGAGGAUCGCAUUGAUGUCCUGUCUGAAAUCUGGGAUCACUAUUUUACGGAGACUCUUCCUACACUCCAGGCAAUAUUCUACCCAGUCCAGGGUCAGGAGUUGACUAUCCGUCAGAUUGCUCUUCUUGGCUUCAGAGACUUGGUCUUGCUAAAAGUAAAGUUGGAAGAAGUUCUUCCUCUGGUCCAGACAAAGCUCCCAGCUUCCAUCGUCCAGAUGCUGUUAAUUCUGCAGAGUGUUCAUGAGCCUACUGGCCCCAGUGAGGGCUACCUACAGCUGGAAGAACUGGUCAAGCAGGUGGUAUCACCGUACUUGGGUUUGUGUGAGGAUCACAGCUUCUCUGGUAGCACCUGCUUGCUUGAGAGACGGUACUCCAGAUCCCGUCCCAAGACCGGUGGACUGAAUUAUUCAUCUCAUGCGGUGACGAGCCGGCAGCCCAGCGAGAUGGCCCUGACCCCACUGACAGAGCAGGAGGGUGAGGCUUACCUGGAGAAAUGUGGCAGCAUCCGUCGGCACACUGUUGCCAACGCUCACUCGGAUAUUCAGCUCCUGGCGAUGGCCUCCAUGAUGCACACAGGGAUGGUGAUUGAGGAGUCGGACAGUACUGACAAAUGCCUCCUCCUGCAGCCCAGUUUUAGCCACAGGCAGUGCUCCAGUGAGCCCAGUAUUGCCGAUGGGCCAGAGGGAGUCAUGGCGGCGGGUAGGCAGGACCCUGCAGAGCUGAACUGCACGUCGGUCAGCUAGAAGAAGUCUCGCCGAGAGGAGAACUGCGUGCGCUAAGCUGAACAAAGCGUCGUGUCUUCCACGCCGGGGGAAAAAAAGAGAAAAAUUCGAGUUUUGCUCGUGUCAUUGAAAUGGCCUUGAGGGAUCUUAUGUCACUUUCGGAAUGCUCUCUAGAUUUGUUUUUCUUGCCUGUCUGUGAUCACUGUUGAUGGAGGUACCAGGCUGCUCCCAAAUGAGCACCGAGGGCUGCAAAGGUUUCGCUGUUGAACAGCGCAGUCUGCCUUCUGUGAGCUUUCUUCCGCUACCAGUCCAAACCCUUUGGCCUCAGGUUUCCUUCUGUUUCUUUGGCGUGAUACAAAUUAGCCUCUUUCUGCUUUUCUCCAUCUUUCCCAGCUUUGCGCUGCUUGUUUGCUCUUUGUUCCUGCAGCAGAGAGCUUUGGGCUAAAUGUUCGCUUUGCUUCUGGUGCUAGGGUGGUGAUGGCUGAGGACUGCAUUUUUCU